GGCGGAGCUGGUUUCCAUGAGAGAUAGAUUGUGCGUGGUAUUAUUGGAGGAGUCUGGUACGAAGCUGUCCUUUCGCGUUUCCUGAGGGGGACAGUUAACAGUCGGAGCUACAAGUAACGUUGCCUGAACCAAACCGUUAAAUCAAGCACACCGAAAAACGGGGAUAUCACCGGGGAGUUAUUAAUAUGUCGGGAAACAAAGACAGCGACGGUGGAUGGAAGUCAUUUGUGUGGAAUUCAGAGAAAAGGGAGUUUCUAGGACGAACAGGGAGCAGUUGGUUUAAGAUCCUCCUGUUCUACUUGAUAUUCUAUGGAUGCUUGGCUGGGAUUUUCAUUGGGACCAUUCAGGCGUUGCUGCUCACGUUAAGUAACUACAAACCAACCUACCAGGACAGAGUCGCUCCCCCAGGUCUAUCACACACCCCACACUCAGAAAAGUCUGAAAUUGCUUACACCAAGUCUGAUGAGAAUACGUUCAAGAAAUACACCACUGCCAUGAUGAGUUUCCUUGAGAAGUAUGAUCCAGAGAAUCAGGCUGAUAGUAUGAAAUUCGAAGACUGUGGAGUCACUCCUCUUCCAUACAAGGACCGUGGCUCUCUGGACAGUGACCUUGGACAGAGGAAAGCUUGCCGUUUCCACAGGUCUUUGCUUGGUAGCUGCUCAGGGGAGAGCGACCCCCAUUUUGGCUUUAAGGACGGAAAGCCGUGCAUUAUUGUCAAGCUUAACAGGAUUGUCAACUUCAGACCAAAGGCUCCUUCUAACAAUCAGUCCCUCCCAGAGGCUCUGCAGGCCAAAGUACAGCCCAACCUGAUCCCUAUUUACUGCAAAAAUAAGAGAGAAGAGGAUGAAAGCAAGAUUGGAGAGAUCAAGUACUAUGGCUUGGGCGAAGGCUUCCCUCUGCAGUACUACCCGUACUACGGCAAACUGCUGCACCCCCAGUACCUGCAGCCUCUGGUGGCCAUUCAGUUUACCAACCUCACUCUGGAUCAGGAGCUCCGCAUCGAGUGCAAAGCAUACGGCGCAAACAUCGACUACAGCGAGAAAGACCGCUAUCAAGGACGCUUUGACGUUAAGUUCACAAUCACCUCGUGACCUCAGCCAUGACGAGCACUCUCAUUUUGAAAAACAAAUAAAAUAGAGAGAAUAAAAAGAGUUCAGAUAAACACCACUAGUCUUUGAACAUUCAUAAUAUACAGGACCUACACUUAAUCUGUGUGCUUUACACUAGCUUUUCUGUGCGUUUGUCGAGGAUUAGAAUGUAAAAUACAUGAGUAGCAAUAGCAAAUAUUUAUUCUACUGUACAUGAAAAUAUUCCUUGAGCCAUGGGAUGUGUUCAUCUAUUACUGUAAAACCGCAAUUCCACUACUGACGUGUAGCGAGCUGUGUUCCUGUCCCCAAAGUGUUAAAUCCUGACGUGGUUUCGAUAUAUUUUUGGAGUGUCCAGUGCUGUAGUCUAGUCCUGUUGUAAUCUCUCCUGUCUUAUGUCAGCUUUAGUGGUCCAAGGUGUGUGCGCCCGUCUCUGUGUGCAGGUGUUAACUUUAUGUGUGUGUGGAGUGUGUUAAUGUGCUUCUCUGACUAACUGAAUACUAGCACGGUACUCUGAACCUUUAAGGCCCAUGAAUGAGUAAAUGACUGCGCUCCAUAGAAUCUGUUUUUGUGUGUGUUUCUUUUACCCAAGUGAUUUGUACACCUUUUAUUUGUUCACCUUAGCUGUAGGAUAUGGUUUGAUGACAUUUCUGUCUAAUACGCUUACAUCUGUUCAUUAUUAAUUCAUAGUGUAGAGCUUUGUGGGUCCAGCCUAGAAGACUGUCAUCACGGAAACAGUGGCAACUCAGUGCUUUGAAAUCUGUUUUGCUGGAGACAUCACAUGACGUGAUGCAACUUACUAUUGAAUGUUUUAGCCAUUUUCAUGGUGGAAGAAUUUUAUAUUUAUGCAGUUGUACAUUUUUUUCAAAGUGUAAUGUAUGAAUCCAAUACCAAAGUCGCUGGUCAGAAAGUUAGAGAAUAUCAGAGGCAAUGCAGUAUCCCGUGUAAUAAGAUGUUUAGUUGGUGUGAAAAUACUUAAUUCAAUGUUGAAGAUCAAAACACUUGUCAGGAGUCUGCUCUUGUCACUUUAUUUAAUCUGAAUAAGGCUGAAACAAUAAACCGAAACAUGAGA